GCGGCGUCUGCAUCGCUCAGUCCAUGAAGAUCCCGCGGGAGCCCAGGGCCGGUGAGUUCGACAAGCUGAUCAAGCGGCUGAUGGAGACGCCCAACGCCCGCGGCAUCAUCAUCUUCGCCAACGAGGACGACAUCAAGCGGGUGCUGGAGGCCGCGCGUCGCGCCAACCUGACGGGGCACUUCCUGUGGGUCGGCUCGGACAGCUGGGGCUCCAAGAUCUCGCCCAUCCUGCGGCAGGAGGAAGUAGCCGAAGGAGCCGUCACCAUCCUGCCCAAGCGGGCGUCCAUCGACG